CUAAUGGCCAGUGUCAUGAGGCCAACGGUUUUUUUCCCAACCAACAGCAGUGUGACAGUUAUUAUAUCUGUAGGAAUGGUACUCUGACAGAAGGACUGUGUCCAGACGGCUUGGCCUUCAAUGUUCGCGGUUCCUACUGUGACUCUAUACGAAACGUAGACUGCAGCGACAGGCCGCAACUCCAACAACCCCAACCCACAGAAUGGUGUCCACGUCGCUGGGGCGAGUAUCCUCAUGAGAGUGACUGUACGCGCUUUUUGAAGUGUGUGGAUGGAAAAUCUUACGAGUUCCCUUGUCCAGAAGGCCUAGCCUAUAGCUACGAGAAUGGAUACUGUGAUUGGCCUGACCUGGUUCACGGUUGUGAUAGUGAAGCCAUUGUUGGCUUUACUUGUCCUGUCCCCACCUACGAAGAAAUCCAAAACUAUGGAAACCAAAAGUAUCCCGACCCACACGAUUGCAGAAGAUACUAUGUCUGUGUCUCGACCUACGAUGACCCCACGGGAGUGAAGAGAUUACCUCGUUUGCAAACGUGUGAACACGGUCAAGUGUUUAAUCAAGCGACCUUGAAUUGUGACUAUUCUGUCAAUGUACCUGGCUGUGAAAGCUACUAUGGUCCAGCUGCAAAAUAUGCUGUUCCAGUGCAAUCACCGCUACUUGCUCAGUAUGUUGUGCCGAAGACUCCCAUAGCUGGACAAUAUGAUGUCACUGUUAAGGCCCCUGUAGCUGGACUGUAUGAUGCUUCUGUGAAGACUCCCAUAGCUGGGCAGUAUGAUGCCUCUGUGAAGACACCCAUAUCUGGACAGUACGAUGUCCCUGUAGCUGGACAGUAUGAUGCCUCUGUGAAGACACCCAUUGCUGGACAGUACGAUGUUCCUGUAGCUGGACAGUAUGAAGCCUCUUUGAAGCCACAAUUUUAUAAAUAA